AUGGCUACUAGAUCGGCCCGCCCGACAGACGAUCAGGACGACUCCCGCUCGUCCUCGUCGACCACCUCGCCCGCCCCGGCCGACAACGAGGAGUCCGACUUCUUCCUGGGCGCCAACGACUCCCAGUCGUCGCUCGGCGUGCCCAACUUCCAGGACAUGCAGGUCGACGAUGCCUGUUGGCCCCCGGUCAGCCGGCUGCCCAACGAGAUCCUCAUCAGCGUCUUCGCCAAGCUAAGCGCCUCGUCCGAUCUGUACCACUGCAUGCUUGUCUCAAAACGCUGGGCUAGGAACGCAGUCGACCUCUUGUGGCACCGGCCUGCAUGUACAAACUGGCGCAACCACAGCAGCAUUUGCCAGACGCUGGGCCUCGAGCACCCCUUCUUCUCGUACCGCGACUUCAUCAAGCGCCUGAACCUCGCUUCCCUUGCCGAUAAGGUCAACGAUGGCAGCGUCCAGCCGCUCGCCGUCUGCACCAGGGUCGAACGCCUGACCCUGACUAACUGUCGUGGCCUCACCGACUCUGGCCUGAUUUCUCUCGUCGAGAACAGUGCCUCCCUGCUCGCUCUCGACAUCUCCAACGACAAAAACAUCACCGAGCAAUCCAUCAACGCCAUCGCUGAGCACUGCAAGCGACUGCAGGGGCUCAACAUCUCUGGAUGCGAGGCUAUUUCUAAUGAGAGCAUGAUCACGCUUGCGCAAAGCUGCAAGUACAUCAAGCGGCUGAAACUCAACGAGUGCGGCCAACUCCGCGACAACGCAAUCCUCGCCUUUGCCGAACACUGCCCGAAUAUCCUCGAGAUCGACUUGUACCAGUGUUUCCAGAUUGGAAACGGCCCCAUCACAGCUUUGCUGUCCAAAGGCAACUGUCUGCGCGAGCUCCGCCUUGCCAGUUGCGACCUCAUCGACGAUAACGCCUUCUUGAGCCUGCCGGAGGGCCAGACAUACGAGCAUUUGCGGAUACUCGACUUGACGUCUUGCACGCGGCUCACCGACGCGGCUGUCGCCAAGAUUAUCGAUGCUGCGCCUCGUUUGCGCAACCUCGUCCUCGCCAAGUGUCGCAAUAUUACAGAUGCAGCCGUCAAUGCCAUCUCGAAACUCGGUAAGAACCUGCACUACGUGCAUCUCGGCCACUGCGGACAGAUCACGGAUGAGGGCGUCAAGAAGCUUGUCAGCGCAUGUAAUCGAAUCCGGUAUAUCGACCUGGGCUGCUGCACCAACCUCACCGACGACUCCGUGAAGCGCCUGGCGUUGCUUCCCAAGUUGAAGAGAAUUGGUCUGGUAAAGUGCAGCUCAAUAACCGAUGAUAGCGUCUUUGCGCUCGCCGAGGCUGCAUACCGGCCUCGCGUGCGACGAGAUGCUAGUGGAGUGUUUGUCGGCGGAGAGUACUACGCAUCGAGUCUUGAGCGAGUGCACUUGAGCUACUGCGUGAAUCUGACACUCAGGAGCGUUAUGCGACUCCUCAACUCGUGCCCUCGGCUGACGCACUUGAGCCUGACGGGCGUCGCUGCGUUCCAGCGCGACGACUUCCAGGCGUUCUGCCGCGUUGCGCCUCCUGAGUUCACACAGCAUCAGCGAGAUGUUUUCUGCGUCUUCUCCGGAAGCAUGGUUUCACAGUUUCGAGAAUUCCUUAACACGUCCCCGAGGUUCCAAGAGCUCCGAGACAGCCUGCCUUACCGCGCAGGUGGCAGCCGAGCCCGAGGCGCGGCCGCUCGCCGGUCCAACGCCAUGGCCAACAACUUGCCCACCGCCGAGGGCGAAGGUUUUGACGAUGAGAUGGCCGACGAGGAGAACGACUUCGAAGGCAUGGAUGGGAGCGAAAUGGCCGUGGACGCGCAGGUCCAGAACCAACACCAUAACCAGCUUGGGUCGCAGCACAACCCCCUUCUGCCCCAGGCAGCACCGACGAUACCCAUUCCACCCCCGGCCCCGAGUCUGAGCCAGCACCCAUUCGCCGACGCUGGAUCCGGUGCUCCUGUGGCUGCCCAUCCUUAUGCGUACCAUCCCUCUGCAUACCAUCCACCGGCCCCAUUGGGCCCGCUGGCCUUCUCCAGCUUCAUAAACAACGAAGCAGCCAGCGGCGCGCCACCUCUCAGCGCGCAUGGCCACGUUCAGGCCAGCAUGGCUCCUCUGAGCUCUGAUCCGGGCCCGUCGACUCAAGGGGCAAGCACUGCCAAUGGUGCACCCGCAACAGCGAGCACAGCGCCUGUCCAGUGGCCCUACCACCAGGACCCGCUUGGAGAAUAG